AUGGAGUCUGAAAAUGGGGUUCCAUUAGAGGUGGAAAAGAUCUUUGUGGUCGAGGAAGAAAAUGUGGAUUUAAAGAAUGAGAAAAAAGCUGACGAGACACCAAAUUUAUCUGCAGUCAAAACUGAAUUGUUUGAGGAUGUUUUGAAAAGAAAAACAUCAAGUCAAUAUAAGGUAUCAGUUGGUGGUACUAAAAAGAAAAACAAAAUGGCUAAGGAUUCAGCAAGUUCAAUAGGCUCCUCUACAUUAACUCAUUUGAAAAAGAGAAGUAUAGCGAAAAGUCUUUCAUUCCCCUCUAGAGAAGUUGGAGACACAACAUCUACUAAAGCUACAUCUCCUCUUAAAGAUGAUGAGGAUGCCCGUUCUGCUACUUCCUCCAACGUAACUCGUACCAGUGCUGGAUUUUCCUUCAGGUUGGAAGAACGUGCUGAAAACCUAAAGGAGUUUUUGGCAAAGGUGGAAGAAAGGAUACAUGCCCGGGAAGAGGAAAAGUGUAACUUCCUAGCAAAAUAUAAGAUACCAACAAUGCACACCAUAUCUCCUAAGCUUGGAAGAACUAAGAACUCCAUAUCCACGACUAAUAGCGUAGAAAGUGGAGGGUCAUGUUUCAGUCCAAAAGUGAUCAACGAAUAACGUAACUCACCCGUAACCAAUAAAGACACUGUUGCUUUAAAAGAUAAUCUGGUUAAGAAUUCAAAGACAACUACUCAAUCUCCAAAAACCUCUAUCACUAAAGAAAAACCUACUGAAACAAAAUCAAGACUUGCUGACGCAAAGGUCUCGGAUGAGAUAACUUGUACAGAAAAAAUAGAACACAACAAAAUUCAACCUAGAUCCGAAAUGAAUUGUCUAAAAGACAAUAUGGCACGUCUGUCAAAUCCAGUCAGCAUUGAAGGUUAAUGAACUUGCUGAAAUUGUCUUCUAAUACUGUAUUUAUUUAUUUUAUAGGUGUUUUUUUCUUUGAAUGAUUUUUUGUGCUUCGUUGAGUUGUGCAAGCUGUCAUAGGCAACAUUGUUUUUAGGAAAAAUUUUACUUUCACAGAGAAUAUUUGAGCAUUCACAUUCAUAUUUUUGUAAUUUUAGAGUUUGUUCAAUGUUUGUGCAAUUUAAGGCUACCACCUGAAAAAACUCCCCAAACCUUUUCAGGGUUAAAGGUCUUUGAAAUGGUUGUGU